AUGUUCUUUAUCAUAUCUGGUAUUUCUGAUGGGGUAACUGGUAUAUCUCAUGGGGUAACUGGUGUUGCUGAUGGGGUAACUGGUGUUUCUGAUGGAGUAACUGGUAUAUCCCAUGGGGUAACAGAUGUUUCUGAUGUGGUAACUGGUAUAUCCCAUGGGGUAACUGGUGUUUCUGAUGGGGUAUCUGGUAUAUCUCAUGGGGUAACUGGUGUUUCUGAUGGGGUAACUGGUGUUUCUGAUGGAGUAACUGGUAUAUCCCAUGGGGUAACUGAUGUUUCUGAUGUGGUAACUGGUAUAUCCCAUGGGGUAACUGGUGUUUCUGAUGGGGUAUCUGGUAUAUCUCAUGGGGUAACUGGUGUUUCUGAUGGGGUUACUGGUGUUUCUGAUGUGGUAACUGGUAUAUCCAAUGGGGUAACUGGUAUUUCUGAUGGGGUAACUGGUAUAUCUCAUGGGGUAACUUGUGUUUCUGAUGUGGUAACUGGUGUUAGAUAA